AUGUUAACAACAACUGUGAAUCGUUCGCUUACCUGUAAAUCAUUGAAAUUGCCAUCUACCACAGAGAAUAUGCAGAAUAAUUUAAAAUCGCUCCAACUAUAUACUAUAUUUAAUAGUUAUAAUUCUAUCAAGGAAUUAUGGUUAGCUCAUGAACUAAUCACUCCAGAGCAUGGAAAUAUGAGAGAUGAAGAAACUGGGAAUACAUUGCUACAUUAUUUAAUUUUAUCGAUACCUAGGUUUGCUAAACAAUUUGAUGAUUGUAAUAUGAUAAAUGGAAAUCAAUUAUAUCCAGAAUGGGCUUCACCUAUUGUUGGAUUGGUAUAUCGUCUUGUUGUAUGUGGUCGUUGCUCAGUUAAUGCACAAAAUAAUAUGGGAAAUACAGUGUUACAUUUAAUAUGUCUUUUACCGUAUACAGAAUUCUUGGCAAUACAUUUAAUUCGUUUAGGUGCUGAUCCAGAGAUUAAAAACAAUUCUGGACUACAUGUCUUUUAUCAUUAUGGAGAACAAAGAGCAUGGUUGGUAAAAAAUUUACCUGGUCUUAACUGUGGUAUAUGGAAUGCAAUAAAACGAGAAGAUAUGAUUAAAAUGGAUUAUUAUUUAUCAUGUUGGUGUCGAACAAUAGCAAAUCAACCAAACGGGAAAAGUUUAUUCGAGUGUUCAAUGUCCACUGGAAAUUAUGAAUUAGUUAAACAUGUAGACCAAGCACGUAAUACCAAUGAAUUAAUUGCAGCUGCAAUGGCAUUAGAUUUAAAUUAUAUGGAAGAUCUUUUAUCAAUUAAAAUUGAAAAAGAAAAAUGUCAAGUCAAUAAAUGUGACAGAAGUUUCGACCCCCCACGUCCAUUGACUGCUGAAUUGGCGAUCAUUUAUGGGAAUAAAGCAAAUAAAGCAAUCGAAUUACUUAAAAAAUAUGGGGCAGUGGAUGAAUCAAACUAUUAUGAGUCAGUAGAACAAAGGAAAAUGGCUUUCGUAAAUUCGCCAUUUUAUUUACAAGUUAAGACCGCGAAAACAAUUGCUGAUUUAAACAAAGCAUGGAAAUUAAUUGAGUAUUCAUCAUUCCAGUCAAAUCUAAGAAGGCAUACAGAUCAAGCAACUUAUUUACACUACUUAGUUGAACGUUAUAAAAGUUUAAAACAUCAACCUCAUUUACAAUGUGGUUUAAUUCGUCUUAUGGCAAAACUAGUCAUAGCUGAUGUCGAUCUACAAGCACGUGAUAAAUUUGGUAAUACAGCUUUACUUUGUGCUGCAAAAUCGAAUACUUUUGCAGAUAUAAAUACUAACUCAAUAAAAGCUAACGAAUCAAUGCUUAAUCAGAUUGACAAAGAAACUGAAAGAGAAGAUGAAGUUGAAGAUGGGGUGGUGUUGGACACAGUUGGGAAAAUUGUUGAGGAAACUAUUGAAACUGUCAAUAUAAAUGAAUCAUUACAUAAUCCAACUAUCAAUGAUGAUGUAAAACAUUUGAUCAUGGAUGAAGACCGUAAUGAAAUGAGUCCAAGUAAAAAGACAUCAUUGUCUAUAUCUGUUUCAGAUCAUUCAAAUAUGUCAGUAAAAAACGAAUCAAUUCAUCCAUGUAUGAUGAAUGUACCGGAUUUUAGUGAUCAACGUUUGAUUUCUAUUUUAAUUCAGUUAGCUAUGGGUAAAGGUCAAUUGAAAGCUCAACUUCAUAUGCAAAAGUUUCUAGUUGGUAUUAAUAAUAAUGGAAGAGCAAAUUUUAUAACACGUCCAUUACUUGUUAGUGUAAUGGAAUAUUCUACGGCAGAAGUAUUACAACUUAUGAUUCAUUCUGGAGCAAAUUUAAACGAAUACUAUUCAGAAAAAGAACCGUUUGGUCCGGUUGCAUUUUGGAGUUUUAAGAACCUUGUCAGCCUUCAACAUACUUAUGAAGUAAUCAAAGAAGUACCAGUUCAUUUAAGAGAUUCAAAUGGAUCAUCUUUAUUUCAUUAUGCAACAAAUCUUUUUCAUACAAUACAUCCUAAAGAUGUAAAUGGAUUUCGAUGGGCAAGUUUAAUUUUAUCUACAAUAUUGAAACGAGGUGUGAAAAUUUAUCAUAGAGAUAUUUGGCAACGUACUGCACGAGAUAUUUUGAAUAGAUCAAGAUAUGAAUUACUGGAUAACAACAAUGUUCAUUGUGAAACGGGAGAGAAUUUCAGACCAUUCGAAGAAGAGCCACCAGAUCCUUUCGAACUUCAUGAUAUUAUCGAUCCAGAAACUGGAAAUUUAUUAACUGCUGAACAGUUAAUUGAUCGCCAUGUAGCUUUUCUAGCUUCUGGCAAUCACUUACAAUCCAUGGAAGAAUUAAUUCUCUAUGGAUAUAAUUAUAUACAUUUAGCUAAUUCUGGACCUGUACGCUUUAAAUCUGCUAGAUUAUUAGCUGAACAAAAAGGCCAUCAUGAAAUGAUAUCUUUAUUAGAUACUGUUGAUCAAUAUAGAACAGAAAUGAUGGAAGUUCACAAGACGAUUAUAACUGGAGAUUAUCAUCAAUUCCUACGUCUGGUUAAUAACAAAAGAGUUAUUAUGGGUCGUGACUGGAGAGAACGUUCUCUACUACACCUUGCAGUACUUUAUCGUAGAACAGAUUUUGUUCUUCAGUUAAUUGAACUGUGUCAAGAACUUGUCAAUUAUCAAGAUUGUCUUGGACGUACCGCAUUCCAUUAUGCAAUCUGUUUGCCUGACAACCGAAGAUUGUUCUUAAAAAUGGUUUCAAAAUCUGGAGGUAUUGAUAAACAAAUCAAGGAUUUGCGAAAUAUUUCAAUUCAUCAAUAUGGUGAAUUGUAUGAUCGAAACAUUCCUGAAUAUCAAAAUCUGAUUAAUAUAGAAAAAUCAAUCAAAUUACUUGAAUCAAAUUGGCCUGAUCAAGCAGUUUGUUCAUUGUUGCCUAAAAUAUCAAAUGAUAAUGAUGAUGGUGAUCAGUUCUUCAUAAAAGAUAAACAUGAAUCUGAUAAUAAACAAUCAAUUGUCGAAUUAAUUCAGAAUACAAAUAAAAAUACUGAAAAUUGUUUAAUAUUUCCAAUUCCUGGUGCAUUCAAUACAUUUGAAGUGAAAAGAAUUAAAUCAGUAUUUAAUUGGAAACAACGGAUAUAA